AUGCUUGUUGAUAAGAGAACUUUGAAUGAGGUUAAUUUGACAAGAGAAUUUAAUGAUGAAAAGAUUCGAAUCCUUUUCAAGGUUACACCAGUAGAAUUUCUGGGUGAUGAAUCAGAAUUUCUUGAUGCUGAGGCAGAGGAGGAGGAAGAGGAAGUAGAUGAAAUUUCAGAACAAUCCGAAGAAACAACGGCGACAUCAGCAACAUAUGAAGGGGGUAAAAACGAAGAAUUAAUUGAUUCUUCCGAUGAAGAUUUUGAAGAAGAACCAGAUCCUGAAAAAACUCUAAGAUGUGCUAUAACGAUCGAAAAAAAAGAAAAAGGAGUAUUAGCAUUCGAAGCAUUUGCUCGUGAAGGUAGUUUUUUAAUUGACAAUAUUUCAUUUUACGAAGUUCCACAAAUAAAUCAUGUGAAAAUUGCUACUCCCUUUCUUAAUUUAAGCCGA